AUGGAUCAAUUUCGUGCGCAAGUAUUGAUGCAAAUGAACAGAUUUCUAUUAAUUCAAAACGCCGCUGAGGACGCAUCUGAGGGAUCGUCUGAUUCAGUGUCUCGCCAUCUAUUAAUUACUAGGUUGGAAGUGUUUGAGGCCAAUUGGGUCAAAUUUCGAAUGGAACAUGAGAAAAUGUGCCUUGAGUGUCCAGAGCGAAUCGAGGAUGAGCCUUAUGUCAAACAACGAACGUAUGAGAGAUGCCAGGAGUUUUAUGUCCAAGCAAAGGCUGUACUACUCGAACAACAAGAACAGAAAGAAGCUUCUCAUUCUUCGUCACGGUGGUCUGAGAAGUCACCGCCAGAAGUCCGACACGGGAGUCGUCGAGGAAAUUUACCAAAGAUUAAGCUACCUUCUUUCUCUGGCGAUUAUAGCACGUGGAGAUCGUUCCAUGAUUUGUUUGCAUCGAUGGUAGGCGAUAAUCGUGAUAUCACUAACGUUGAGAAGAUGCAUUAUUUAAAAACGUGCUUGACAGGAGACGCCGCGCGGCUCGUAACAAAUCUUAAAGUCGAUGAAAACACCUUUUCUAUCGCAUGGAAGACUUUAAUUUCUAGAUACGAGAACAAACGAGUGUUAAUCUCUGCGCAAUUGGAUAGACUGUUUCGUUUGAAACCAAUGAAGACAAAGUCAGCGCAGGAACUAAAUACGAUAAUUGCCACAGUCACCGAAUCGUUAGGAGCUUUAGAAGCGCUGGAUUGCAGUACAAGCUCAUGGGACCCUCUAGUAAUAUAUUUGAUAGCUCGUUUACUGGAUGCGUACACACGUGAAGCAUGGGAAGUAGAGCUCGGACCCUCGACUUCGUUUCCUACUUGGAAGAAAUUUGAGGAGUUUAUAAUCGGUUACUCUAGAGCGUGGGAAAGUUUAGCUUCCGCGUCAAAUCAGCCUGGGAAGGAAAAGCGUUUUUCAUACUCUCAUAACAAGUCAGAUACUAAAUCACGCAGUUUGGUAGCUGUAGCCUCGUCCUCUAAGGACGGAUCAGAAUGUCGCGAAAUCACAUCGUCAGUCGUUGCCAGAGUACUCGUCGCUGUAGAAAAUGCGGUAGUAAACAUCACACCUCUCUGCAUAGGGAUACUAAAUCUGAAGAAAAAUCCUCAGAAGCCAAUUACUUUAUUAGCUACAUGCCAAGUUCGAAUACAAACUCGCGAUGGCGAUUUCGUAACCGCCCGGGCACUAUUAGAUCCUGGAUCGGAGUUGUCGUUCAUUUUAGAGAGUCUGGUGCAGCGGUUGAGACUUGUACGAAAAGCCGCUACGAUUCCGUUAUUAGGCAUUGGUGGGACGUGUUCAGGACGUACUAAAGGCUCAGUAGAUAUUGUGCUUCACUCUCUGUUAGACGUUAAUGAUUCUUACUCUUUACAAGCCUACAUUCUUCCGCGGCUAACUUGUGAGAUACCGUCUUUUAUCGUAAUUGAUACGUCUUGGACGCAUUUAAACGAUUUACCACUGGCAGAUAUCAACUUUGGUAAGCCGGGACCGAUUCACAUCAUCAUUGGCGCAGAUCAUUACGGCCAGAUUAUUAAGCCUGAGUUAAGGAAAGGGAGAUCAUUCUCACCUAUUGAACAAUUAACAUUGUUUGGUUGGGCCAUUUCCGGACCGGUCUCUCAUGGCAUUCGUGAAAUUCAAGGAGGGUCUUAUCAUUGUCACGUUGACCAUGAUUUACAAAAUCUGCUAACUAAUUUCUGGAAACAAGAAGAUAUUCCAAAGACAGUUGAAAAAUCUUUAAGUAGCGAUGAGGCAGACCGUGAAACGCAAUUCUGUUCCAAUUCUUUUCUCGAAAUUCGGACG